UUAUGUAUAAAUAACCCUAAAUCAUCCCCCAAUUUGUACAACAUAAUUUCCCGCCUAACAGUUCCUCAUUUCCCGCUCUGCAAAACCCUAACCCUCCGUCAAAUGGGAAAGAAGCAGCAACAUCCCAACGCCGAUCAGCUCCCCGACCCCAAGAAAAAACGACGCGUCGGUUUUUCCGGCAUCGAUGCUGGAGUUGAACCCAAUGAAUGCAUUAAGAUUUACUUGGUCUCUAAGAAAGAGGAAGUUGGAACUUCAGAUGGUUUCUGUAUCAAUCCGGUUGAUUUGAAUGGCUUUUUUGAAGAAGAUGAGAAGAUAUAUGGUUACCAAGGGUUAAAGAUAACUGUCUGGGUUAACAUCAUUUCUUUUCAUUCACAUGCUGAAAUUACCUUCCAAGGCACAUCUGAUGGGGGCAAAGGGAUUACAGACUUGAAAUCUGCUCUUGAGAAAAUUUUUGGUGAGACUCUUUUGGACAACAAAGAUGACUUCCUGCAAACUUUUUCAACUGAGAAUAACUUCGUUAGUUCUGUUGUUUCCCAUGGAGAGAAGUUGCAAAUGAAAGCUUCCAAUGGCCUUAUAACUAAUUUUAAUGGCAAUUCAGAAGCAGCCUCUUCUGAUCUGGAGGUUGUGCGCCUGAAGAUGGACAAUUUGGCAGCUGGGCAUCUUUAUAGUCGCUUGGUACCUUUGAUCCUUCUUCUUGUUGAUGGUAGCAAUCCUAUUGAUGUAACUGACCCAAUCUGGGAGUUAUAUCUCUUGACUCAGAAGAAAAUUGAUCAGCCAGAGAACGCUCAGCAUUUAUUGCUUGGUUUUGCUGCGCUAUAUCGUUUUUAUCAUUACCCUAAUGGUUCACGCUUGCGGCUCAGCCAGAUUUUGGUAUUGCCUCCUUACCAGCACAAGGGUUACGGCAGCCAUCUUGUGGAGGUUCUGAGCAAUGUUGCAAUAUCUGAAGACGUUUAUGACUUCACAGUUGAAGAGCCUCUAGAUUACUUCCAGCAUGUGAGGACCAGUUUUGAUAUAAAACGACUGCUAGCUUUUGAACCAGCCCAAGAGGCUAUUAAAUCAGCUGCCUCGCGUCUGAAGCAAGGGAAAUUGUCAAAAAAAGCCCAUAUUCCUCGAUUCUUACCUUCUCUUGACAUAGUUGAGGAAGUCAGGAAAACUUUGAAAAUCAACAAGAAACAGUUUCUUCAAUGUUGGGAGAUUUUGAUAUAUCUUGGCCUUGAUCCCAUACAGAAGCAUAUGGAAGACUAUGUGACAAUCAUUAGUAAUAGGGUGAAGGCUGAUAUACUAGGGAAAGAUUCCGAGACUGCAGGAAAGCAAGUAAUCGAGGUCCCAAGCGUUCACGACGAGGAGGCGUCAUUUGUCAUGUUCAGGUCUCAGAGCGGUGAGGCUGGCAGUGUUCAGAUGGACGAAGAUCAGACAAAAACUCAAGAACAACAGCUGCAGCAGUUGGUUGAUGAGAGAAUUAAGGAGGUGAAGCUAAUUGCAGAAAAGGUGUCUCUAAAACAUGUAUGAAGGGAACCACUUGGCUUGAUGCAUUAACCAGGUGAAGCGUAUUACUGAUAAAUUAGUUAAUUAGUGCUGUAGGAUGUGUUAAAUUUGAGGUUUGUUUUGUAAAUUUUUUGAGCUGGACUUGAAUUUAAACUUAUUUAUCU